AUGGAACGACUUGUAGGGCAAAUUAAAGAGGGUUUUGCAAAGGCAGUUCAACAAGCUUCUAAUAAUAUUGCUUUUACUGAACUUCCAAAUUGUGAAUCUUUAGAAAGUAUUGAUAGAAUAAGUAUAAAAUUAAAGGAUACCAUUGUAUCUGAUGAUCUAAAACAUAGAAUUAUUGCUGGUCAUCAUGUACAAACAUUUGAAAAUAUACCUAUACUGAUAAGAGAUGAAGAUAAUAGUAAACAAACAUUUAUGUUAGCUGAGCUUUCUCCAGUCAAAGGUAUAUCUGUAACAACUAUUGGCAAAAAAGAUGUAAUGAUUGUAAAAACACCUAAUCAUUCAGUUGAAAGUAAAGGAAAAAUUAUGCAUCCAACACAGGCAACAUUAUAUAAACUUGUAAGUGAAGGAAGAUUAAGUCCAAAUUGGUGGAUAACAAAAGCUAAUAAAAAUGAAGAUUGUGUUUAUUGGUUUAAAAAACCUAACGGAAGUAUACUUGGUUAUAUAAGACCAAAAUUAUCUAAGAAACAUAGUACACUUAUUGUUAAAUUUAUGAAACAUGAAAGGGAUCAACAAUUAAGGGCUGCCAUGUUAGGGAGUGCAAUUUUAUUUUUUAUAUCUGAAGCAUAUCCACAUUUAAGUAAAGCAUUAAAAGAUUCAAUUGAACUUCAGCAUGGUUUUCAUGAAGCUUUACAAUGA